AUGUCGACAUUCACACGUCUAGUCCGCUUUCUAGCCAAGGAUGGCCAGAUAUACUACGGCGAUGCCGUCCUUCCCCCUGGCAAAACCGACAUCUCCCAAAUCACAAAAGCCCGAGUCAUCAAAGGCGACAUAUUCGGCGAGCACCAAGUCACGGACCAACUCGCCGAAGUUAAGCUCCUUCUAGCCCCCUUAGCUCGCUCAGAUAUCAAGACCGUGCGAUGUCUGGGAUUGAACUACGAGCAACAUGCGAUAGAGUCUAAUGCGCCUAUCCCUAAAUAUCCUGUCCUGUUCUAUAAACCCGUUACCUCGAUCGCCGGUCCGACUGAUGACAUUCCAGUCUCGUACAUGGCUCAAGAGGGUGAGGGUUUAGACUAUGAAUGCGAACUGGUCAUCAUUAUUGGCAAGGAAGCGAAAGACGUACCUGAGUCAAAGGCUCUAGACUAUGUGUUUGGAUACGCCGUUGGCAACGACGUUUCUCAUCGCGAUUGGCAAAUAAAAAAAGGUGGCGGCCAAUGGUCUCUGGGUAAAGGAUUCGAUGGCUGGGCACCCUUUGGACCGGGCAUUGUGUCGUCGAAAUUGAUCCGUAACCCGAAUGCGUUGGACAUUUCUACCAAGCUCAACGGGAAGAUCGUGCAGUCGUCGAAUACAAAGGAUCAGAUCUUCGGGGUUGCGAAGACUAUUGCGUUCAUUUCUCAGGGAGUUACCUUGUUGCCUGGAGAUGUUAUAUUUACUGGAACUCCUCAAGGUGUAGGCAUGGGCAGAAAGCCCCAACUUUGGUUGAAAGAUGGCGACCACGUUGAAGUGUCUCUUCAGGAUGUAGGAACAUGCUCUAACCGAGUGUUCUUUGACAAGCCAACUGCCAAACUUUAG